CCUGUGCGCGCGCACAUCAUGACGGCCGGCUAACUGUGAUGUGUUACACCGUAAAUUUGUGAUACUGUUUAUUUUUUAUGAUGGUAGGACAGGAGAUGCAUGUGCGGUGGAGGCACCAUCAGGCCGGCCUGUUGGCCUACCUAAGGCAGAUGUUGGCCUCUGAAGUGUUCGUAGAUGUAACGUUGUGUUGCCAAAACAAAAAACUCAAGGCACAUCGCGUCUUAAUGUCUGCAUGCAGCCCUUAUCUGCAGGAGCUGUUGACGGCCCACCCAGUCUCUGACCACACGACCAUAAUCUUGGACGACAUAGACUACGAUGACAUGCGGGCACUACUGGACUUUGUCUACACGGGGGGAGUGACGGUGCCCGAGGAGCGACUGCCAAGCUUCCUAGAGGCAGCGAGGAGUCUGCAGAUCACGGUGCUGACGAACAAACAGCUGCAUCAGCAACUGCCAGCCAAGCCUCCCCCACCACUCAUCAAGGUGCAUCAAGACCUGCUGCACCGACCCAACGGCUACAAGGCAGAAUACAAGGUCGACGUGAACGGAGCAGACGUCAAACCUAUGGAAACUGAUUACAAAAUAAAACUCGAGCAGAAAACAUACAGAGAGGACUACGGGUCGGAGAGUAGUUAUAACUCGAACCUGGGAAGUCCCGGAGACUACAAGCCCGUCAUCAGCCCUCGCCACCUCUCCCCUGUACCUCGGCCGGAAAAUUGUCUGAAUAGUUUGAAGUUUGACGCGUACUCCUCCGGAUCUCCAAGCCCUGAUAUGAUGGAUUUCCAGUGGGUCAGGCCUUUGCCAUCUCUGAUGCCUAUAUCGGCGAGUACAGCACUGCAGCAGCGACGACUCGGGAUGCAGAACAAACACCCGAGGAAGGCCCUGGGGGGAAUCCUGACUCCUUCACCGUGGUCUCAGAAUGGUAGGCCCCAGGUGGGCGCCCCCAGAGUACUGAGGAGCCCUAGUCGAGGUCCUGACCGAACUCACAGUGAGGAGAAUCGUCCUGAGGCACGACUAAACUCAUCUCCGAACUACUAUCACACGGAAUCCAACGGGGUUCUUCCUGGCUCUCCCCGGCUCCUGGACACGUCCUCUCGCAGUGAUGGCGACUCCUCUUCAGAACUCUCCAGAGAGCGGGAGAACGACGAGAACCGUCCUAUCAAGGAACGCCUGGAGUUCUACCAAGAUCCUAGUGUAAAAGACCCAAGAGAAUUCAAACCACCUCUCCUCCUAGACAGGCUGCAGAGAUACAGCGAGCGACCCUUCUUUCCCGACCACCUCUCGAGGAUUCUCAGCCCAAGCGAGAUAAAUCCUCUACAUGGUUUGAAAACUCUAGCGAGUCUUUUGGAAGAUUCGAAUUCCACCAUCCAGAGAAGAAAAUCACUCUCUUGUUCAGAUCUGACGGAGGAUGGGAGGAACGAUUCCAACAACAACGAAGGUCCGGAGGGUGCGACUGCAGGGGAGGCGCGGUGUGAGGAGUGCGGCAAAGUGUUUGACAGUGAGAACGAGCUGCUUCAGCACCGACAGUCUCAGCAAUGUCUCACAUGUGAUGUGUGUGGCAAAACGUUCACUCAGCGCAGUCUGUGGUCAGCACAUCACAAGCUACACGAGGAGAACAAACAGGAACACGCUUGUACUCACUGCAACAAGACGUUUGUGACCCGGGCCUCCCUCAAGGUUCAUUUACGCACGCACACGGGCGAGAAGCCCUUCCACUGUCUGGAGUGUGGUAAGCAAUUCAGUCAGCUGAGGAACUACAAGUACCACCGCAGUGUCCACGAAGGCACUAGAGAAUUCGCAGCCACUUGUCCAGAGUGCGGCAAAUACUUCAACGACAGAGGAUACCUCAGCUCACACAUGAAGAUACACCGUAACAGAAAGGAGUACGGCUGUGAAUACUGCGGGAAGAGUUUCAACCAGCGAGUCGCUUACAACAUGCACGUCCGUAUCCACACAGGAGAAAAGCCCCACGUCUGUCAACACUGCAACAAGUCCUUCUCGCGGAAAAUGUUGCUGAAGCAACACCUGCGCAUCCACACGGGCGAGAAACCUUUCACGUGCGUCGUCUGCAACAAGGCGUUCGCGGACCGCAGCAACAUGACUUUACAUAUGCGUCUCCACUCGGGUGUCAAACCUUAUACGUGUAGCGUCUGCAACAAGUCGUUCACGAAGAAACAUCAUCUCAAGACGCAUAUGAACUAUCACACUGGCGUGAAGCCGUAUGCGUGCGCCAAAUGCGGUCUUCGCUUCAGUCAGUCCAGCAACAUGCGGACGCAUUUCAAGAAGUGUUCGAGCACUGCUUACCCACCAAUUUCACCGACCCCGGGAAACACAGCCCCGCUCAAUAUGAGCGUGCCCCGGCCUGAGGAAUCUGUAAACCUUGUGCAGGAGAAAGCAUGAUGUGUUGACAUUUUCGAAGAUACCUUUGUUUGUCUAAAAUGAGCUGGUGAAAAAUUGCUGGGUUAAAAAUGGUAAAUGAGGGUUACAGUAGUAAGGUUAUCAUAAUACACUGUAUUUCCACAGAUCAAUAAUACCUCCACCAAACGUUUGAAAUUGAAACAAAAUUUUGACUUUUAAGAUCGUUCCAAUUGCCGUACCAUUAAUUUGUCACCAUCAUUCAUUUACAGGUAAAUCAAUAUGUUCACAUUUUAAACCUAUUUUGCCUAUGGAAUUUUCUUACAGUAUGCAAAAUUUUGACAUAAUGCAUGACUUUUAAAAUGUUGAUGUCCAAUAUAUAAUGUGUUUUAAAAUUUUACAUAAUAUGUUAACCCUCAUGCUACUAAUGAUUACACCUUCAAAUUUCGCAUCUCAUAGUCCACCCAUAAAAUAAUUACUGUCUUGGGAAUGAAUAUUAAUGAUGUAUUCAACUGAACAAUUGAUUCAUCAUCUGACAAUGUUACGCCAUAUAAUCUUUGUUUCUAAAAUAAAGUAAUCAAAUUAAGCUACGGGGAAACAAAGCUUAGAAAAGCUGGAUUGUUAAUUUAAGAACGCAUCACCCACCUAAUGUUUAACUUUUAAAAUGUACACAUUAUCUUUAACUAUAAAGUAUAUAUUGUAUUUUGUUCAGUUCAAGGAGCAAACCGCUUUACUAAACAUUAUAAUCAAGCUUUUUGUUGUAUAUAUUGUAGUUUAAAGUAGUACAUGGUAGUACAAACCGUUUUAGAGUAAUGAGCUUGAUGUAAUAAUUAUUCUAAAUUGAAGUACAAAUAAGUGAUAUGCUGAAGUUUUGUGAAAAUAUUGAAGUAUAAUUGAAUUAAAAUUAAGGUAAGAAUACUGAUUUUGCUCAAAACAACAACAUUUAUGCUGUAAAAUGUAAAAUAUUUUGUAAGUAGUGACGUAAUCAAAAUAUUCGAAAAUCAAAAAGGGAUUGUACAUAUAGUUUGAGCCCCUUGUUUUAGUCUUGCCAUUUUUCUAGUCAAAAAUGUAUCGUUGUCAACUAUACGAUAUACAUUGCCAGUGUAUGAUGCUAUAUACUCAUUAAAUUAGCUUGGAUUUGCAAAUUCAACUUUCAAUAUAAUAAUAAUUUUAGUGUGUAGGCAUAUCCGUCUUUUUACUUUUAACCGACUUAGAGUGUUUAGAAUACACUUUUUAAAGUGUAUUCUUGGUUAACUUAAAAAUUGAUUCAAAUUAAAAAUAUUAAAAAAUUAGGAUUGACAGCAUGAUAAUAUUACUAGAUACUUUGAGUAAACUUUGGUAAUGUAUAUUAUUGAAAUGUAUUCAACGUUCUAUAAGAGGAUUAGUGUGAGUUAUUUAUUUAUGGUAAUUUAGUAAAAAUAUGGAGCAACAUAGAAGUGGUUUUAUAAAAUAACAUUACUACCUUAGCGAUACACACUUCUAAUCCAAUAAUUAAUUGUAUCUUAUUUUUUAGUGACUCAUAAAACAUUAGUUAAAUCAUCCAUUUUAGAUUGCAACUAUUUAAAAAUCUAGUAAAUUUUCAUCUAUGUAUUGCUAUGUUUUUGCCAGUAUUUAUGUUCAUAUUUUUCUAACUGGAUCGUUAUUUCCAAUGCAAUAUCAAAAUUAGGUUUAAUCGGGCCGUUUUCCACACCUAAAAUUAUUUCUGAUACUUUAAAAAGAAAAAAAGUGAAUGAACUUUGCCAAAACAGGGCAGUUGUGUUUCUUCCAGUUUAUAUAAUUGUAUACUGUACAUGUUACAUUUAUUAUCAUUUGUUUAGUUAAAUACCACACGUGACACAUUUUGCUAUUGUAUUUUGUAUUGCACUUUUUGAAGAACAAUCAUAUUGGCUUACAUCUUAUCUUAAAUUUGCAAUUUGUGACUAAACUAUUUAUAUCACAUUAACGUUCUAAUAAUUGUUUAAAUCUCUGUAAAUAAUAUGUAUGUGAUAAUAGUAUUCAUUUAUAAUACAUGUUGUAUAAACCUCUAAGUCGGACUUACGUAUCUUUUGUGAUACCAACUUGUUAUUUAGCUAUUCACACGUAGCCAUAUUUAUUGUGUUAAGUAUUUAUUGUUGUGUUUAAAACGCAGUCUAAUAUUGUUAUACGCUAGGUUGUAAAGACAUUUCAAAUGUGAGUUGUUGAUUUUACAGAGUAAAUAUAAUUUGUUAUUUUUAUUA